AUGGAAAAGAAUGAAAUAGUUGCAGUUUAUGCCUCAAAAAUUGAAGGCCUAGUACACACUAUAAAGAGUUAUGGUGAAGUGAUGGCUAACAAUAUGGUGAUUGAAAAGUUAGUCGAAGCAUGGUUCCCUCCUCAUGUCAAUAUAUUUUAUUGUUUAGGAGGAAUUACACUUACUUGUUUUUUAGUCCAAGUAGCGACGGGUUUUGCUAUGACUUUUUAUUAUCGUCCAACCGUUACGGAGGCUUUUGUUUCUGUUCAAUAUAUAAUGACUGAGGCUAACUUUGGUUGGUUAAUCCGAUCAGUUCAUCGAUGGUCAGCAAGUAUGAUGGUCUUAAUGAUGAUCUUGCAGGUAUUUCACGUGUAUCUCACUGAUGGUUUUAAAAAACCUCGCGAAUUGACUUGGGUUACAGGUGUAGUUUUGGGUGUAUUGACUGCAUCCUUUGGUGUCUAG